CAUGGGUUUUACUAAAAUUUUUGAGUAUAUACUAUAUGUGCGGUGUGGCGUAGGAGUUAACAAAACAAUUACGUAUGAUAUACUUGUUUUAUUUAUUGUUUUAUAAAAUUACAGCAGUGUUUCGCAUAAAUAACAUCAAUAAUAACGAAAAACUUUUAAGGUGCCUAAAAGUUUUGGUUGUUUGAUCUUUUUUUAAAGUUUUUGUUAAUAAGAAUUGAAUUUGUUAACUAACUCUAAUGAAACAUGUCUUUGGUAUUCAAUGGGAAUAUUUGAAAAAUAUUCGACUUCAAAAAUUAACAAGGUAUAUUAAAUAUUUUACAUUUUUUUUAUUAACAUUCACGCAAACAAUAAUAAACACUUUCAUUAAAUUUACCUAAUUAAUCACUGAUGAUUAUUCUGUUAUUAUUAACAAUAAUUAUUAUAAUGAUAUUUCUUACUUAUUUCUUUAUACAUUAUAAUAAAAUUAAUAAUAAUAAUAUUUUGUGUUGAAUAAAACAUUAAAAAAUUUUUUUUUAAUUAAGAAGACACGUCUGUGAGUAGUAAGUUUUUUUUAAAAAAACCAAAAUAUUUAAUCAUGAAAAACGAAAAAAAUUCUUAGAAAAGUUUAAUGAAUUUGAAAAAAAGCACUUGCACGCUAAAAAAAAAAAAAAAUUGUGUACAUAAUUGCUUGAAAGAUGAAAAAUUAAUGAAAAAUGAGUCGUGCACAGCAGCAUAUUUUAGCAAUCGCAAUCGUACUAGCUGUAAUAGUGGUAUGUGGAAUACAUGUUUUCUUAUUUCCUAUGUACACAACAAAUCAGCCGAAUCAUCAUACAAAAAUAUCAUCAUAUGAACAAGUACUCUGUCGUGGUGGUAGUUUAAAUAAAAAAAAAUAUAUUAUUAAUAAUAAUAAAUUUGUGCCAAUUGAAUGGAUAAAUUCAUGUCCAAAAUAUGGAAUCGUAUCAGCAACACAAGGUGGUAGAUUAGGAAAUCAAAUAUUUCAAUAUGCAUCUGUUUGGGCAACUGCAAGAAAAACAGGUCUCGAUCCUUUUUUACCAAGAUGUAUAUUAAAAACAUUAGAGGAACAUUUUGACAAUCUUAGUAUACCGCCACUUAGUUACAUUGGUACAUGCACAAUUGAUGUUGGACAAGUUGUAUCAUCGCUUGGACAAUGGAAUAGUACUGAGCAAAAUAUUAUUAUUCCUCGAUAUGCAGCAUACUGGAGUUUAAUUCUUCUUUGGCUUGAUGAUGUUCGUCGUGAAUUUACAUUUAGAUUAGCUCUCAAAUUAUACGCUGAUAAAAUAUUGAAAAAGAUUUCAAUAAAAUUUAAUACAACUGAUCCAACAUAUGUUGGUGUACAUGUACGAAGAACGGAUUAUGUAGAUUAUCUUUGGCAAAAAUUAAAAAUACGCCCAGCACCAGUACGUUAUUAUUUAACAGCAAUGGAUUAUUUUCAUAAUAAAUAUGAAAAUGUUAUAUUUGUGAUUGCAAGCGAUUCAAUUAAUUGGUGUAAAUUCAAUUUAAAUAGUAAAAAACACAGAAUUAGUUUGAUAUCAGAUAUAAAUGCACGUGGACCAGGCAAAGAUCUUGCUGUUUUAGCUGCUUGUAAUCAUAGUAUUAUAGAUUAUGGUACUUACGGGUCAUUUGCAGCAAUUUUAACGGGUGGCGAAACAAUUUCAUACAAUGUUACUACUUAUUUUUCAACAAUGAUUGCAGAUAUUAUGCCAAAUUGGAGAAUUAUGAGUUGAAUAAUAUAAUGUAUAUUUUAAACGUCGAGCUUUUUUUUUUUUUUCAUUUUUUGAAUCUUAAAUCUUUGACCACAUCAACCUUUUCUAUUUUAUUGUUAAUUUCUUAUAAUGAUUUAUUUAAAAAAAAUAAAUAUUUGUUGGAGAAGCUUUUGCAUGAGCUGUAACAUAAAUAAUAGAUAAUUAGGUAUAUGAAAACAUUUGGAGGAUAAAAAAUUAGAAACUCUUUAUUUAAACUACUCUCAUAACGUAUGUACAAUGAUUUCAUCUGUGAUUCUCGCAUAAUGUGCCAAAGAAAAAAAAAUUAUUAUAUAAAUGUUCAUGAAUUUAGUCUUAUGAGAAUGUAAUAAUAUACACAUUACUCAAAUUAAGUAUUUGUUGUGUACAUCUCUGGUAAAAUCUAUCUAUUUUUUCGUAAUAGGUUUUAUUCCAAGAAAAAAAUCUGGAUAUUAUUCUUUCAAAUGCAUAAAAAUUUAUUUCUAUGCAUUCGAGGCUUUGAGAGUAACUUACGAAUUUUUUCUUGAAAUAAAAAUUUUCUUCACUGUAAGAAUUUUUAAAGAAAUUUUUCUCACUAGAGACUAUGCACAAAAAAAAAAAGAAAAAAAAAAACAGAAUAAUAAUGGAAAGUUGUGAGUUUUCUGUUCUUUCUUUUGCUCUUUAAUAAGCUUCAAUAAUAGAUCCAAGAAAAAUUCCGUAGAGUAGAUUAGAUUGAACUUGAAAAUAAAUACACCUACAAAUAUUUAAAUGUUCGAUUAAUAUUAUACGUAUCAAAUAUAUUUAUGUGACGUAUAAAUAUUAUUAAAGCCUUGUGACCUGAAUAUUUCCAAAGUAAAAAAAUCAAUAUUGAUAUUAUUAUGAUAUAUUUAGUAGUUAAUUAGAUAUUGUCGUGUGUUUUGUCAUUUUUCGACGUUUUAAAAACACAAGUAUUCACAAAAAUAAAUAAUCCAAUCAAAAAAAAAAAAAAAA